GGUAAGAGUUACCCGGGUCCGAGGGUGAGGCCCCAGGGCCCAUUCUCAGUGUGAUCUUACUACGAAAGACGGAUACCUUUGGCAUUGUCCUUUACAUAACGUGUCAUUCAGUGUUUCUCUGGUGUCUACUGGCUGUCUGUGCAGCCAGCAGAGCUACGGCACUGUCGUGAAAUGUCUUCAAUUCAUUGCUAAGUCGACUUCCUCGUCUCACCACAUUUAGCUCAGUAGUAUUGAAGCUAGGGCCCGUUCAUCAGCCGUUGACGACAACCGAGCAAUCUUGUGACGGUCGUCCCUCCGGUACAUGCAUACAUGGAGCGUCAUGUCAUUUCAACGAUCCGACACGCAUUGCUCCGGUCGAGGUAACCACUUAUUUGCUGAAACUACACUGUGGGAUCCAUAUGCCAAACUAUUGCCUCCAGUGGAUCGUUUUUACAUAGUCACACGGUCAGAAACCGAGCAUGCCCAAGUUCGAAUAUAGUUCUACACAAGGUUGAGUGCGCAACUCUCAUCCCGGUCAUCUGCAGGGGCGCGAUUAAUAACUCUUUAUAAAACAUGUAUUCCGUACUGAAGCAUCAACGCUAAAGAUUAUACACGGAAUACCAAUAUCAUAAUCCGUAUUGCACUUUUAUUGAACGUGGCCCAGAAGUACGGCGACUGAAUUAUGACACAUCUGGCCAACAACACAACACGGCCACCAUGGACGUCUUACACCAACGUCACAGAGGACCUUGGCGUGAACUCCGCUAACAGUCUGUCCAAUACCAUUCAGACGUACUGCAUUUUGUCUAGCGGGUUUCUUCUGAACUUGAUUGCAGCCUUCACAUGGACUAGGCCUGGCUGCUUGCCUCGUCAGCGUACGUGCCCGACCAUCAUCAGGGCAGCCUUGGUGUGGGUGGACCUUCUCUCAAUCACCGGCUAUAUCAUCCGUGGAGGGCUCACGCCGGCCCUGAAAAGCUUCAACUACAACUUGUUCUGUGACAUCUUUGGCUUCACGAAUACCAUGUUCUCGCUGACGUCCGGGAUGAUCGCGGGAGUUAUGUCUGUGGAUCGCUUCGCGGCACUCUCGACACCUUUUAAGUACAAAUCCCGUUUCACGCCGAGACGGAUAACACUCGCAAUCCUGCUGGCGGUAGUCCUCUCCGCCCUGGUGGGAUCGCUUCCGUUUCUUGGUAUCGGAUCCUAUCGUCCCAUCGACCACUUCCACGGCACGACGGUGUGCAAGCUCAACUGGUUCCCGAACGAGCGGCCGCUCUUUUUGCUGCACUUCGCACUAUACCAGGUGGUUGGUUGGUUCCUCGUGGUCGUCGUGGUGCUAAGCAAUGUCGGGGUGAUUCGGACCUUGCUGAACAUGAGGAGACACGUGGCCGCAGCUGGCACCCAGCCCCCUAACAUUGACAGGAAACGGGAAGUGCGUUUUGUGAGGACUAUGAUGCUGAUCACGCUGUUUUUCGGCUUCUGUUGGGUGCCAUGGAUGAUCACAACCAUCCUGACCAAAGUGGGAUCGAAGACGACGCUGGAAGGGGACGUGUUCGUCACUCGGCUCCUCUUGGCCAACAGCGCGUUCGACCCACUCAUCUUCAUGGUCACCAGCGAAGUGUUCUGCUCGCGACUCCGCGACAAGGCUGGGCAGGCAUUGCGGCGACUAUGCCGCGGGAAGGGACCCGACAGCCCACCCCAGCUGAAUGCUUCAUUUGGCAGCGUGGACUCUGAUGCCAACACAGGCCCCCCGGCAGGCGUUGACGAGACUCGCGUGACCACGACGUUGAGUUUGCCAAGCCUUAGCCAGACGCUUGGACCUAUCAUCACAGUGACGGAGGCACCAACCAUGGCCGACGAUCAACCAGAACGCGAUGCGUCAACCUCGCUGGAGAAGCUGGUAGAAGGAAGCGCUGAGGAAAUAGACCGGGGAGGGGCUGCUUUUACGUGUUGAUAUCUUGGUCAAAGGCGUGAGAACAUUAGGGAUCUACCCUUGGCUCACGAAAGACUUAUCUCAUUUUUAAGAUAAAUAUCGCAGCUUAGAAUCCUUCAGCCGCUUUUGGAAUCAUGGUAGGUCACAAAUUGAGACUGUGCCUUGGCCACGACUGGAUUCGCGAAUUUAAGAGAAGGUUUGGCGGAUCGGAGCAUUAUAACUUUAAGCUUUGUUAAUCCAAUCUGUGACGCUCCGGGAAACAGUAGCUCUGGAGCCUGGACAUAAAUUUGGCAUGGAGGGUCAUCAGCUUUUGCAAUUAGUGUCUUGAGUACUGAGGAAAGUGGGGCAAGGGACCGUACCCUGUCUCCAUGUAGCAAAUAGCCAAUUGCUUUGCAUAUACCAAGGUUUUAGCCAAACAUUAUCAUAAGUUACUACAUUUUCCAAGAAUAAUUAUUUGCGGUCCAUCACAUAUUCAGUACAUGUGUGUAUAGGCAUGGUGAACCACUGACGGAUAUAAAAUGCAUUAUGUAUAUACGUCACACAUAAAGAUACAUAUAUUGAAAAGCAAAAUUCUAUAAAGACGGAGUUAAUGUCUAGCGCCGAAUUGUGGAGAAUGCUGAUUCCCCGCUUUCUGACAAGAUAUCAUCGUAGCUGGCUUGCUAUUUUGAAUAAAAGGAUUUUACAAAUUCGA